AGGUCGACGGGAAUUCGAUGACCCCUAUGGCGUCUACACCGUGGUCCGGUGUUAAUCGUAUGCUUACACCGAGUAACGUCCCGAACACUCCGAAGCGGAAACGUGUGGAAAGCCAACCCAAGGAGAGAUCCUCGACUAUUCGCGGUUCCAAAGCAGCGUCCGAAAUGGUGAAAACAGUACCUCCUCCAGAGGAAUUAUUUUGGUUAUACUUGUCGGCGUUUGACCCAUGCACGUCGGAUGAUGAUAUCGGUUCCUUUGUUAGGAGUUGUAUGAAUCUCCCUACCGAUGUUGUGCCCAAAGUGGUCAGGUUGGUUCCCAAAGAUAGAGACCCAGUAUCCCUUAGUUUCGUCACUUUCAAAAUCGGAAUGAAAAAGGAUCUCAAGGAAACUGCACUCUCUAAGGAAACGUGGCCCGAAAAUGUCUAUUUCCGGGAGUUUGAAAACCAGUCAAAAAACCAACGGAAAGUCGUAAGAGUGUUUGCAGAGAAGAAUCCGCACGACAGACAAUAAAUCUUUUUUGGACACCGGGACGCAUGCCUGCCCUCCGCCUUUUGGAAGCCUCGGACCCGCCCACCACAGUCGAGCCUCUCCUGCCAGCGACCUACAGCCGUCCCGGUCCUGUGUGUGGUGUCGGCGAUGAGGUCUUCCGACAUCUAUACGCAGGCAAGUACCACGCUUUUAUGAACAACCGUCCGUGCCCUGAGAUUUCUGUUGCUUCCAGUCCAUCCGCAAAACAUGACUCCAGUAAUACCUCUUCGAUCCUGUCACCGGGACGCACGCCUGCCCCCCGCCUUUUGGAAGCCUCGGACCCGCCCACCACAGUCGAGCCCUUCCCGCCAGCGACCUACAGCCGUCCCGGUCCUGUGUGUGGUGCCGGCGAUGAGGUCUUCCGACAUUUAUACGCAGGCAAGUACCAUGCUUCGUUGAACAACCAUCUGUGCCCUGAAAUAUCUGUAGCUUCCAGUCUAUCCACGAAAAACAACUCCAGUAGUACCUCCUCGAUCCUGUCACCGGGACGCACGCCUGACAUCCGCCUUUUGGAAGCCUCGGAUCCGCCCACCACAGUCGAGCCUCUCCUGCCAGCGACCUACAGCCGUCCCGGUCCUGUGUGUGGUGUCGGCGAUGAGGUCUUCCGACAUCUUUACGCAGGCAAGUACCACGCUUUUAUGAACAACCGUCCGUGCCCUGAGAUUUCUGUUGCUUCCAGUCCAUCCACAAAACAUGACUCCAGUAAUACCCCUUCGAUCCUGUCACCGGGACGCACGCCUGCCCCCCGCCUUUUGGAAGCCUCGGACCCGCCCACCACAGUCGAGCCCCUCCCGCCAGCGACCUACAGCCGUCCCGGUCCUGUGUGUGGUGUCGGCGAUGAGGUCUUCCGACAUCUAUACGCAGGCAAGUACCACGCUUUUAUGAACAACCGUCCGUGCCCUGAGAUUUCUGUUGCUUCCAGUCCAUCCGCAAAACGUGACUCCAGUUAUACCUCUUUGAUCCUGUCACCGGGACGCACGCCUGCCCUCCGCCUUUUGGAAGCCUCGGACCCGCCCACCACAGUCGAGCCCCUCCCGCCAGCGACCUACAGCCGUCCCGGUCCUGUGUGUGGUGCCGGCGAUGAGGUCUUCCGACAUUUAUACGCAGGCAAGUACCAUGCUUCGUUGAACAACCAUCCGUGCCCUGAAAUAUCUGUAGCUUCCAGUCUAUCCACGAAAAACAACUCCAGUAGUGCCUUCUCGAUCCUGCCACCGGGACGCACGCCUGACAUCCGCCUUUUGGAAGCCUCGGAUCCGCCCACCACAGUCGAGCCUCUCCCGCCAGCGACCUACAGCCGUCCCGGUCCUGUGUGUGGCGCUGGUGAUGAGGUCUUCCGAAAUUCUAACGCAGGCAUGUACAUUGCUCCCGUGAACCAUUCAUGCACUGAAAUUAAUGUCGCUUCCAGAUGCUAUUUGAACGCUUCUUACGCUAUGCCACCCACGUCGCGUUCAAGUUUCUGCACAUCCAGAGACGUGUCCACAAAUCAUCAUGAGGUUGCUAUCUACUAUCAAAACGUCGGUGGCAUGAACACAAGUAUCGACGACUUCCGCGUGGCCAUAUCCGACAAUAGUUUUGACAUUCUAGUUUUCACUGAGACCUGGUUGGACGGCCGCACGCUCUCCAGUCAGAUAUUCGACAACGCCUACGAAGUUUUCCGGUGUGAUCGGUGUGCUGAUAAUAGUAGGAAAGUAACUGGUGGAGGGGUACUGGUAGCUAUAAAUUCAAGGUUUAGGGCGACCUUAGUUGAAAACUCCGCUUGGAUCUGCUUAGAACAGGUGUGGACGUCGAUCAAACUUGGCGAUCGAAACCUUUUUCUGUGCGCGCUAUAUAUUCCACCCGAUCGCGUAAAAGACGUAGCACUCAUCGAAACCCACUGUCGGUCGGUCUUCUCCAUCUUAGAAAUGGCUAAACCCAGCGACGAAAUAAUCGUGUUAGGCGAUUUCAAUCUCUCUGGUAUCUCGUGGAAGGAAUGGCGCAAUGGUUUUCUCCAUCCAGAUGUGAGCCACUCCACUAUUCAUUCCAACGCUUCAACCCUACUGGACAACUACAGCUCUGCGACACUCUCUCAAAUCAAUCAUGUCACCAACCAGAAUAACCGCAGCUUAGACCUCUGCUUUGUGAGUGCGCGGGAUACAGCUCCUCCUCUGUGCGAGGCACCUGCUCCCUUAGUAAAAUCAACACUGCAUCAUCCACCUUUAUUGCUAACUGUCGGAUCCACGCUGCCAAACGAUUGUGUCGUCAUACCCGAUGCCGUCCGCUAUGAGUUCCGUAAGGCUGAUCACCGUUGUAUAGGUCAGUUCCUGUCUGGCAUAGACUGGAGCGGUAUUUUAGACGCCGAGGAUGCUGAAGCCGCUGCUCAAACUCUUUCAAACGUGUUGACGUAUGUAAUAGAUAGAUUCGUCCCAAAGAAGGUUCACCACACGGCUCGUGUUCCAUGGCAAACCAGCGAGCUUCGUCAGCUCAAAUCUGAAAAGAGAGCGGCAUUGAAAAGAUUCUCGAAGCACCGCUCACUGUUUCUUCGUAAUCAUUACAUCAGGAUCAAUCACGCAUACAAACGAGUUGCUAAACGAUGCUUUCUACAGUAUCAGCGGAGUAUGCAAAGAAAGCUCAAGCAUCGCCCGAAACAGUUUUGGCAAUUUGUGAAUGAGCAGCGCCACGAAGCUGGAUUGCCGUCGUCAAUGAUGCUCAACGAUAAAGUAGCUCGUACUCCACAAGAUAUCUGCGAGCUUUUCUCCGAGAAGUUUUCCAGCGUUUACACCGACGAGAUGUUGAGUGAUGAACACAUCGCACUAGCAGCUAGUAAUGUUCCUCCCCUUGGCGAAACUUUGAGUAGUGUCGAAAUUAACGAGGAUAUGAUUUCAAAAGCUCUUUUGAAGCUCAAAACAUCGCACAAUCCAGGACCCGAUGGAACCCCGUCGGCGAUUUUAAAGGCACAGAACAGUAGCCUCAUGGUACCGCUGCUCCAUGUUUUUCGCCUUUCCGUUUCUUCCGGCACUUUUCCAUCCUGCUGGAAACUCGGACAUAUGUUCCCAGUUCACAAAAAAGGAAAUAGACGCGAGGUUAGUAACUAUCGUGGUGUUACCUCGCUUUGUGCCAUUGCUAAAUUGUUUGAAAUCGUAAUUAUGGAACACUUACUCGCUCACUGCAAACCGUACAUCAGCACCGAUCAACAUGGAUUCAUGCCGGGCCGCUCAACGACCACUAAUUUGCUGUGUUUCACCUCCUAUAUCUUCGAGACUUUGUCCGAACACGCUCAAACAGAUGCUAUUUACACCGAUUUGACUGCCGCUUUCGAUAAACUGAACCACCGCAUCGCUGUUGCAAAACUCGAUAGGCUCGGAAUACAUGGCAGCCUUUUGCAAUGGUUUCAAUCGUAUCUCACCGGUCGCUGUUUGUCUGUCGUCAUAGGCGACUGUCAAUCUUGUUCGUUUGCUGCUACGUCCGGCAUCCCACAAGGCAGCCACCUGGGACCGUUGAUUUUUCUAAUUUAUUUCAAUGAUGUUAACUCGGUGAUCGAAGGGCCUCGACUGUCAUAUGCGGACGAUCUAAAAAUGUUCCUUCGAAUUCGCUCGCUUGAAGACUGCGAUUCUCUUCAACGUCAGGUGAUUGCAUUUGCUGAUUGGUGUACUCUAAAUCGGAUGGAUGUUAAUCCGUCUAAGUGCUCUGUAAUUUCAUACUCACAUAAAAAACGUCCGAUUCUGCAUAAGUAUGUUUUGCACGGUACUGAAAUUGGUCGUGUUAGCCAAAUAAAGGACCUGGGAGUUAUUCUGGAUUCUGAGCUCUACUUCAAACAGCACGUCAACUACGUCAUCGGAAAAGCCUCCGGAAUACUUGGAUUUAUCUUCAGGAUUACCAAAGAGUUCACGGAUAUCUACUGCCUAAAAUCUCUCUACUGUGCUCUCUCUCGCUCUAUAUUAGAGUACUGCUCGGUUGUUUGGGCACCCCAGUACAACAAUGCUGUCCAAAGGAUCGAGUCUGUGCAACGACGGUUUUUAAGGUAUGCACUACGGCGGUUACCAUGGUCGGAUCCGUACCGACUACCAAGCUACGAAAGCCGAUGCCAGCUUAUAAACCUGGAGCCACUAACGGUACGCAGAGAUACUGCUAGAGCACUACUUAUCUCGGAUGCCCUGCAGGGGAAUAUAGAUUGCCCGGCCAUUUUGGAACGCAUAAACCUCAACGUUCAGCCACGAGCUCUUAGGAACAACUAUAUGUUACGGUUACCAAUACAUCGGUCCAACUUUAGCAUGUUUGGAGGUGUCAACGGACUGCAGAGAGUUUUCAAUAGGGUCGCGUCACUUUUCGAUUUUAACCUAACCCGUACCAUUCUUCGCAGAAUGUUCAGUUUGUUUUUCUCUAGACCAGAUUGACCGUGUUUUUUUUUGUUUUGUGUUUGAUGUUUUAUGAUUUGACCAUGUAUUUUAGAACUAGGACAUUUAGGAUUAAGUAUCAUCAUUUGGGCUCAUACGUAGCCUGUUGAUGUUUAACCAUUUAAAUAAAGAGCUGUGAUCCAAAAUGUAUUUUCAGAAACUAGGUCCCCUUAACCUUCAUCAAAAUCCCCUGUAACACCCCUGAGACCCUCUGAAACCUCCGAAAAUAUCAGUGUAACGCCUCUAAAACCCGUCAAAAAUCAUCUGAAGCUUCCUAAAAUGCCCUCGAAAUCCUCCAAAAACCCCCUCGGACACCAUGUAACACACCUGAUACCCUCUAAAACCCCCCAAAACACCAACGUUACGCCUGAGUAACGCCUCUGAAUCUCGCCAAAUAUCAUCUGAAGCAUCAGAAAUGCCUUCGAAAUCCCCCUAAAAUCCAUUCGGACUCCAUGUAAUGCACCUGAGACCGUCAGAAACCCCCAAAAACGCCUACGUAACGCCUGAGUAACGCUCCUGAAACGCGCCUAAAAUCAUC